GGAUGGGGAUGCCCGCCUCUGCUGACCGGCUGUUCCUUUGCCCAGGCAUGGCAAGAUGGAAAGGAAGAGGUGGUGCAAAGUGAUGGGCCAAGGGGCAGCUGUGUCCGAGUCUCUUCUCUAAGAAGCAGUCGUGGUUGCGAAGGCAGCGGAAGAGGAGAUGCGCAAAUGAACCAAAAUGGAGGGGGGAAACGGCCCAGACCUGCAGCUCCAGCAGCUUCUGCUGGCAACACCAGCUGUGUCUGUGCAGCCCCACGCAGAGCCCUUUUCCUACAAGGAAAACUUGAUUGGCGCAUUACUGGCUAUUUUUGGACACCUUGUCAUCAGUAUUGCACUCAACCUCCAGAAAUAUAGCCACAUCCGGCUGGCAGGUUCAAAGGAUCCCCGGGCCUACUUCAGGACCAAGAUCUGGUGGUGUGGUCUGCUGCUUCUGCUGCUGGGGGAACUGGGAGUGUUUUCCUCCUAUGCUUUUGCCCCUCUUUCUCUGAUUGUGCCACUCAGUGCUGUGUCGGUUAUAGCUAGUGCAAUCAUCGGCAUUAUAUUCAUUAAAGAGAAAUGGAAGCCCAAGGAAUUUUUGAGGCGCUAUGUUUUAUCCUUUGUAGGCUGUGGUUUGGCAGUCGUUGGAACUUACCUGCUGAUAACGUUCGGACCUAAUAGUCAUGAGGCAAUGACAGGAGACAAUAUCACUAAACAUUUAGUCAGCUGGCCAUUUCUUUUGUAUAUGCUUGUGGAGAUCAUACUGUUCUGCCUGCUGCUGUAUUUUUACAAGGAGAGAAAUGCCAAUUACAUUGUAGUUAUUCUUCUGCUGGUAGCAUUGCUGGGUUCCAUGACUGUUGUGACUGUGAAGGCAGUUGCAGGCAUGAUUUUUGUGUCGAUACAAGGAAGCCUCCAACUUGACUACCCAAUCUUUUAUAUCAUGCUCAUCUGCAUGGUAGCAACAGCGGUCUUUCAGGCAACGUUUUUAGCUCAAGCCUCACAGCUGUAUGACUCGUCCCAGAUCGCCAGCAUCGGGUACAUCUUGUCCACGACAAUAGCAAUUACAGCAGGAGCAACCUUCUACUUGGACUUCAUUGGUGAAGAUGUUCUCCACAUAUGCAUGUUUGCACUAGGGUGCCUCAUCGCAUUUUUAGGUGUCUUCUUGAUCACAAGAAACAGGAAGAAAUCAAUACCCUUUGAACCCUAUAUCUCAAUGGACGCCAUGCCAGGCAUGCAGAAUAUGCACGACAAAGGGAUUGCAGUUCAGCCUGACCUCAAAGCUUCCUUUUCCUAUGGUGCCCUCGAGAACAAUGACAGCAUGCCAGAAAUUUAUACUCCGGCCACACUGCCCAUAGUGCAGGAGCAGCAUGGCUCCAAAGGGGUCUCUGCACCACCCUACCGCAUCCUGGAGCACAGUAAAAAGGAGUGAGUGCUCUUCAAAGGACUGGCCUAAGGCACUGAGAGUAUGGUCUUUAUUUAUUUAUCGCUCUGUUUUUUUAGAUCUAUUUAAAAUAUAAAUAAGUUUAAAGCCAAGCUUGAUCUGAUUUAAAGCUAGAUUCAAACUUAAUUCCCAAGACUGAUUAUUUUAAUAAAGGACUUUAGCACAGCUGUGAACUUGAAAGCAUUUGUCCUAAGCUAGCAGUAAAUCAGUCCUCCUUUCAAGGAUGCUCACUGCAAAUAUAAAAUGAUGAGUGCAGUAUUGUGGCGAUACAAAACUGAUCUGAUAGCCGGCACUGUGAAGAUGCAUAUCUGUGUGAAAUAAGGUGACUGUGCCAUUUUCCAGUCCUGCCACAAUAUGUGCAAACCAAACUGAAGCCUUCAGGAAUUGCACCUAUUGAAGGAAGGGUAAAAACGGAUCAAUCACAGAUAAAGUGUGAAGGAUUCAAAAAGAUACGCUUUUACGUUUGAGGAAACCACCACGUGGAUUUAAUGUUCUGUGAAGAUAUUACUGAACUAAAUAAAACGAAUGUUGGCACAUGUCAUGCCUUGGAAAUAGCAUAGGAGACAGGAAUAGGCGUGUGAUUCACUUUCUUACACAGUAAAUCUGCGCUUGUUCAGUAACAGAGCUAUUAUCUGAUUAGUGUUACGAGCAAGAUGUGCAGGUUAAUGUUUUUUUUGUAGCACUGUUGUGUUAUGCCAGCUUAGGACAGAGAUUGUGGCUGCCAGUUUUUUGAUUUCACAGAAGGAUCCACAGAUUGGAUGAGAUGGUACAAACAUUAACAGUAAAGGGCAAGGACAGGAAGGAAUGAAAACAGUAAAGGGCAAGGACAGGAAGAAAUGAAAACAUUGUAUUUAGUAGACCUGAAAUGUGACCAAUAUGUUGGUAUUCAAUUCAUGUUGUUUCUUUGUGAGGCCUGAAUUUAGUUAUUUUCCAAUUUGAAUCAUGGCUCAGAUUUUCCAAAGCUGCAUAACAGAUUUGAAGACUCAGUGGCAUCCAGAUCUCUCAGGCAGCUUUGCAAAUCUCAGCCUCAGUGUUGUAGGUUGGAUUUCUUCUUCUGUUUUCAACAGCAGAAGGGAACCAGUCCAUCACUUGUGAGCAACCUGUCAAGAAUAAAUAAAUGUGAGCAGUCCAGAAAUUCUGAGCAGAAUAGUGGAAACGUAGCCAUGUGCACCUAUGAUAAAAAGGAAAAUAUAUUUUCUUUGGAAAGGUAGAUAGAAAUGGAUGAUGUGGAAUUUGUCAGAUUAAAGGGACAAAUGAUCGACACAUGUCAACAAUGUUUACUGCUGCAUGCAAGGUACAUCUGCUUUCGAGGCAAUUGCACUGUGGUAUCUUGUUGUCCCUCCUCCCUUUCUAAACACAUUUUUUCACCCAGGAAAUAAAUGUUAAGUCUGCUUGAUGCAUUUUGGCCCAUAUUCAUAGGAAACUGGCUGACUAAACUUAUGGAGUUUUCGUUGAUAUCGAUAGCAAUUGCUUUCUGUGCACUGUAGGUGGUUACUCCAAUGUGAAGCAGUUUGCAAGGACCUAGGAUCUGCAAAAGUAGGUUUGUGUAUUUAUAUAGUUAUGGCCAAAUUUUCCUCUUACUAGCAAAAAUGCACAGGAAUUACAUUGAUUUGAAUGUAGCUAUUCUAGAUUCAUAACGUGGUAACUGAAAACACAGUUGGUUUGUCUACAUAUAACGUUUUGCUUUUUUUGCUAGGCUUACUGAUUUUACCUGGAAAUACUUGAGACUGCUUUGGUAUUUUUGUGCAGCUUGGGGGAAUAAAAUGUGUAUGAGAACCUAGCAAAGAAUGGAUGCCCGGUUUCUACAUACUUCCCUCUGCUUAGUUUCCUCACUAGCUUGGCAUGUCCGACAGUUUAGAUCUUAUCAGUGGCAUCCUGUACAUUCAAGCUUAUGAAACCUGGAGAAAUGGCUGCUUUUCCUUUGCCCGCAAUACUGUCUGUGUUUAAGUAAGAUAACAGUGUUAAUGGAGUAGUAUUGCCAGAACAUUAAUCUUGUCGCAGUCUUCGUGACACUGAUUUACUACCAUUGGCUUUGGAUCCCCAGUAGUCAAUUGUUUGUGAAUUUAUGCCUAGCUUUUGUUCAUUAAAGAUACACAGCAGAAUGGUAAAGAGGAGAGUGAGUGGGCUGGGGGGGAGAUGUGAGGAUGCUGGUUUUUCUUAUCUCUUCCCUUUUAAUCAGAGAGGGAGUAGGUGUUUUGACACUGAGUAAACUACAAAAACAUGUUACUUCAAAGCAGAUCUACUUUAAACCCAAACACAUAGAAAUCCUAUUUUAAGAUUUUCUGUCUAGUUCCUUCAGAGGUCACCAGUAUAUAAGUGAAUGUCUGACCUAAAGGUCCUGAUCCCACCAUGGAACCACGAACGUUGGCUGCCCGCUGGCUUCAGUGUUUUGGGUUCCUGAUCUACUGCAUAGUACAGCCCUCUGUGUUACUUGAAUGUUGAUUUUUCAACUUCUAGGCUUUCUUAUUGGUGUUUAAAAUUUGCUGUGGAAGGAUAUGCAAGCUGCCUGGCUAGCAAAUAUUUAGGCUCUUUCAUACAUGCUUAUUUUAUUUAAUCCCAACAUCAAGGUUGGUAUCCCGCACUGUGCCUCUGAGAGAUGCAGCAUGGCCAACAGACAGGCAGACCACCAGGGCUCCCAGGCUCUCUUAUUGAGAGGCUCUGUGGCUCCCUCCAUAAGAGUUAUGGCAUCUUACUCCCAUGAAUCUCCACAAUCCUGCAGUUCCCACCCUGACAUGUCCCUCCUGCCUCUGCCCGGCCCCUAUGCUAGGGCUUGCUAAAGGCCCUGAGCAGGCAGCACGUAAGUUGUCUUCUGCUCAUUGGGAAUCUUCCAACAGCUAGAUCCUGGGCGUAGAUCUUAACCCCAUCUUGGUAAAGGCUGUAAAAGGUUUAGAGGUGAGGAUCUCACUCCAAAGACUUAGGCAGUCCUGCCUCAUGCUAAGGGUUAAUAGCAUGCUAAAGGGUUUUUUGUUUUAGCUUUAGAUGUUCAGGACUAACAGCGUUCACAGCAUUUGCUUUCAGUAAGACUCGCUUUUGAAAACUUUCUAACAGAUGGGCCCAGCAGAGUGCUGCUAGUUGUAUUUAGAUAUAUGGACAUGGUAGUUUGGGACUGCUCCAGUCUGCCAGGUCCACGCAGCCUGGGGUGUUCUGAUUAGCAUGCAGACUCACGACCUAAGUGUGCUAAUAUGGAAGCACCACUUAGUCCUGUCUGCCUUUGAAGUCUAUCCUACUGCCACUUGUGACACGGUCACCAGACUGUGCUUCAUUGCUACCUGCUAUGUCUGCUCAACACCUGAACUGUAGUAAGUGUUGUAUUUCACACUUGGCCGCCCCGCUGUGUGUUCCCAACAGGUUUUUUUCCUGCGCUGUUCCACAAGGCUCUUUUACAGCCACCGCACACUAUCUCUGUUGUUGAAGAGAAACAGAUGGGAUUCCCUCACAUGCUACCGACACCUGUUUGAAGAAAUCGUGCACUUGGCUUAAGCUCCCUAUCCCCUGUAGUCACAGGCCACAGAUAGGUAUUGAACCAAACUCGUUCCCUGCCCCUCAGCAGCCCAGAGCAUCUGGACAAGGCCAGGACCUGCAGACCUGCAGUGUUUUUAGUCUCAAUUACUACUCUUUAAAAAUGUUCUUGGGGCUGAAAUGACAAAGGCCAAGAUUCAGACCACCGCUAAGCUAAACAUGAGGGUUUGGAGAGGGUGCAGCCCCAGCCCACUUCCUUCUUCCACAUGCCCUAAUUCUCCUUGCAAUUGCUCACAUAAUCUCUUAUCCAAAGCAGAGUUUUAAUGGCAUUUUUAAGUAUCUAAACUUCAAUUUAUUCAGGGCUUAAUCUUGAAAAC